AUGUUUGUGCAGCUCACUGGCGUUUUCGCAGAAUCCGCCGCCCACUUCGAGGCGCUGGCUCCGACCAGCAUGUCCGCCCUUUCCCUGAAGCGGUGGCGCGUGGGGGAGAGGGUGGAGGUUUCCCGCCCGGGGGAAGGCCUUCAGGGGGGAUGGUUCACCGCCGUGCUGAUGGCGGUAGAUAGAGGCGCGCAGAGGGGUUCAGUGCGGUACGAGGAGAUGAUGGAGGCCGACGGGGUGACCAGGCUGAGUGAAGACGUCAGCUUGGAUCAAAUCCGCCCCGUGCCACCUGGCAUAGAGGGAGACUACCCUGCCACGUGGACUGAGGGCCAUGCGGUGGAGGCUUGGCACAACAAAGCGUGGUGGUUUGGCACCAUCCUUGGCCGAACCUCGCCCGAACCUGAUUUUCCCGGUUCCGCGUCUGGCACUAGGCUCGGCACCGAGGCUGAGAUGCUGGCGUUCCGAGUGUGUUUGCAGGGAUCAGAGGAGCACAAGUGUGUGCGGCUGCAUGGUGCAGUGGGAGGGGAUGGGGUGGGGCAAGGAAUGGAAGAGAAGAAGCAAGGUGGGGCCUCACAAACAGACGAGGCGUGUGCGCGUGAGUGCUCAGCAGCAGACGUCACCUGUCCGGAUGACGCCUGUCAGGAUUUUGCUGCUUUUCAGAGCGACCCCUGUGAGAACAAACCCUGUGAGGAUGCUGGCAGCUGUGAGGACGACCCGUGGGACCUGGGGGCCGCUGCUGCUGAUGCUGCUGUUGGGAGGCAUGGGGCUGCUGCCGUUGCAGUGGUGGUGUACAAGCGGAGAAAGACGGCUCAGGGAUGGGUGGGAUCAAACCCGGCUGGCCACAAGGGAGGGCUGUGUACCCACAAGGGGACGCUUGAGUGGCGCUCCCAAAGCAGAGAAAGCUUGAGUGGUAGUCUUAGGCUUAGCCCGGCUCGUGUAGUGACGCAAGGAGGAGGGCCGUUGGGAGGUCCGUGGGGCUCAGUGGGAGUGCAGCUGGGGAGAGGAGAGGUGGAGGAGGAAACGGAGGUUGGCAGGUUUGGUGGUAAGGGAUCAGGGAGUACGGGUGAUAAGAGUGCGGUUGGUGGGAAGGUGAGGAAGAGGGAGGGGCUUGCGAGGCAGUGCAAGCGCACGAGAGGAGGAGCCGAAAGAGGAGAGGAAGAGGAUAGGGGGGCAGAAGGAAGGAGAGGAGGAAGCCUCAGGGCCUCGAUGCAUGCAGCCAGCACCAAUCCGCCUUCCACCCGCGAUGUGGCAUUGAAAUCACCUACUCUGGUAAAAACACCCCUUCUGUUGAAAGCACCUGCAGUACCACCUGCCACACCUGUGGCUGCACGUGUGACUGGCGCUUCAGCCAUUGGAGCAGCUGGUCUUGGCACACCUAUCGGCACACAUGCCAUUGGUGGUGCCCCUGCUGUUGGUGCUCCUACGACUCCUGCAGCCAUGCCUGCGACUCCCAUGGUGGCAGGGGAGAAGCUGCGGGGCCAGCGGUGCCAACUGCCAAACCAACUGGCAAAGGCGGCUUCUGAAGACAGGCGAGGAGCAGGAGGGACGGUAGAUGGUGGGAGUAGCAGUGAGGAGGUGGAGGAGGUGGGAGAGGGGUUUGGAGAGGGGGUGGGAGAGGAGGUGGGCGAGGAGGUGGAGGAGGUGGGAGAGGAGGGGGUGGGGGAGGAGAUGGCAGGUUACGGAGUGGUGGUGGUGGUGGGGAGUGAGGAUGAGGGAGAGGAGGGGGGAAGGGAGCAGGAGAUGGGAAGUGGUGGAGUUGCAGGGAAAAGGGCAAGGAAAGCAGGGAGUGAGGAAAAGGGAGAAGAUUGGGAUCUGGAGGAGGUGGAAGAGACGAAGAUUAUCAGGGGAAGGGAUGAGACGUAUGCUGAGGAAGACAAUGGUGGUGGUGGUGGUGGUGGUGGUGAUGGGGAUGGUGAUGAGGACGCAGAUGAUGGUGAUGGCGAUGAUGAUGUGGUGGAGGUGGUGGGAGAGGAGGCUUGCGUGAGCAUAGUGCGGCACGGGCAAGCAGCACCAGGGGUGGGGCAUCAUGUGACGGCAACGGCGCAUGCACCCCAUGCCCCAGUAACUCCUGCUAAUGCUGGUAACCGUGUUACCUCGUCAGGCUGGGUAACCAGCACUCCUCCAGGCCAGCUGUUGUGCUCCGAGCAGCACAUAGGUGGAGUGAAGCGGCAGCGCUUCUUCAGCUCCUGGCACCGCCAGUGCCCUCUCUUUCAAGACGCUCACACUCACACAGGGACAGAGGACCUUGCCGUGCACCGGCAGAGUGCUCUCUUUCAAGACACUCACACUCACACAGAAACAGAGGGCCUUGCCGUGCCAAGGAUACCGGUAGUCCACCAUGCCAGCUCUGGUGCGGCCGAGGUGAAUGAGCAGGAUAGGCCGUCCACUGGAUCGCUCUAUAGAGAGGAUAAAGGGGGUUUGGCGGAUGGGGAGGGGAGAGGGGGCAGGGGAGUGGAGGCUGUGGCGGAGGCGGCAUAUGGGGGGGUGUUGGAUGCGCUGUGGGUGCAGGGAGGCGGAGAAGGGAUCACGUGGGAUAAGGAGGUUCUGCUUACAGACCUGCGCAGGGCUUUAAGUAUUUCGAAUGACCAGCACUCCCGGCUGCUUGCUGCUCUGCUGUCGCGGAGUGAGGGUGUGGAGGCCACUCAUCCCUUGGAAGGGUCCUCGUCCGCAUUCUCUUAUUGCC